GACACGACUUGUUGCAUGGCUCUCAGCUGCCCUCAUCAUUCUCCUUCCAACCACAAUAAUUGGACUGGACGCUGUAUCCGCCUAUCUGAAGGCGUUCAAGGCAAAAAGAUUCAUGCAGCAAGAUAUAAUCAAGAGUCUGUCUUCCAAUCAGAACCACCACAAGAAGCAGGAGGAAAUGCUGAAGCUGCUCUACGAUGCAAUGUACGGAGUACUGCAUUCCUCCUUUGUUAAUCUGGAAUCCUCUGAUUUCACCUCAACCUCUCCCUUCCCUCACGACCAGCCCCACACUCUAGACUCCCUCAGUCUCAUAUACGAGAACUGCGCCCUUUUCUCUGAUAUCUACCUAAGGUAUCCCGAUAUGACGGAAUCACUGUACAGAAAAUUCAAAUGGGCUGAUUUCAGCGAUCUUAUUAAGAAGAGUAUCCAAUUCUGUUCUGAAAGUAAGGAAGUUUUCAACAGUAAAAACGAACACGGAAAGCUGCUGAACCUUGUAAUGCAGGAGCUACAACUCAUACCAAAGACUCCGAAUUACCAGAACCCGUACCGGAAAGUGCUCCCUACACCCAAACAGAAGACUGAUAAAAAACGAGAAAAGAAGAAACUACCCAGGGGCCCUUAUAUAAGCAAAGUAAAAACUGAACUAUAGAAACUUUCACUCGAAUAAUGAGAGUUAAAAUUAAGAAUAUUUAUAUUGACGAGAGAGUUUUCCAUGAAAUGAUUUUCUUGACAUUAUACACAUUCAAUUUCUGUAUCUUAACAGUUGCAGAUGUUUGUGUCGAAAAGGGUAGAAAGUUUGUAGCUAUUUAUUAUGAUAUUGGGUUCAGAUAUUAAUAAGAUAUUAAUCAGAUAUUAAUCAGAUAUUUCAGAUAUUUUAGAUAUUUUUAUUAU